CCCGCCAGAGGCUGAUCAAACAACUUGCUGCUUUGCGCAAAGCUUCGCGGACUCAACAUGAAGAAGACCAGUUGAUCGAUGUCCUGUCUCGGGGUAGUACGAGGAAGCGGAAACGGAGGUAUAGUGGUCUAGAAAGAUAGUCGGCUGAUGAUUAACUAUCUAUUGCACCAGUGAGCCAUCUGCGUCCCAUGAAGCCUUCGGAGACAUGUCUAUACCGAAUAGAAGCUCGAAUGGCACUGCAUCUGUCUCUAUGCAGCCCCUUGACUUCGACCGACGUAUAUCCAUCGAAGGGAACAGUCAGGACGAGCUUCCGCCGCGUGCAUUGGGCCUCUCUCUGUUAGAGAUCUACUUUGAGAGAAUAUACAAUGCCCCUCUCCUGUUUAGCAAAUACAGCCUCAUGAGAGACUAUCUGGAAGGAAAGUUACCGGACUAUCUUCUCCGGGCUCUUUUUGCAUUGGCAUCCAUGUAAGGUUAUAAUUCUAACAUCAUCUGUCCCCGAGCACUUGGUAAUAACCCUGUCAAGAUUUCUUGAAGGAAGUCAUAUGUCGACCUUCUCAUCCAAUCAGCCACUCGAGUUGAGCACUCUGAGACUGUUUGCGAGUCAUGGCCGACCCUGGGCCGAGUCGGCCAGCAGAGAAGCGCUGUCGCUAAGUGGCCAGCCAUCACUAUUUACCAUCCAGGCGCUCGAGUCCCUCACUAUCUACUGGUUUGCCACCGGUGAUAAUCAGUGGGCUGAUAUACAUCUGAGUACGUUCGGCGCCUGGUGGAAAUUUUGAAACAAACCUUACUCAUAUGCAAAUCUGAACAGCUGUCGCUUAUCGAUCCUGCUACAAUGCUGGCUAUAACAAACUCCUCGGUUGGACAGGUGACUCUUGCAGAAUGAAGAGAACAGAAAUAGAGCGGAGAUGCUUCUGGGCUUGUUGGGCAACUAUGUGCAUCGCUGGACAGCCGAAGGCGUAUCUGAAAUCUGCCUGGCUGGAAGCCGCGGGACUACCGUUGCCGGUUCCUGUUGAUAAAGACGAACCCGCCUUCUGCACCGAUCAUGCGAGAAAAAUGGAUACCAGUUGGAACUGCUUGGUUCUUGAUGAAGCCGAUCCUGAUGAUAGCCCACUUGAAAGUACCGUGAUUGCAGAACUUCUCAAGUUUAUCGGAAUCUGGUGGGUUAGUUUUGUGUGAUAAGAUCAAGCGGACUCUGACGAUGCAAGUACAGGGCAAAAACACAGAUUUUAGUUAAACAGACACCAGAUGCCACUACAAUAACCGAGAUUUUGAAUCUUUCCUCCCACACCACCGGACUAUACAAUUCGUCUUCAUUCCCCCCUCCCCCUAGUAUCUGGGACGGCACCUCAGCCAGCAAAGAAAAAUUUCUUCUAGUACACAGUCUCUACCAUCUCUGCCAGAUGACCCUUAACCGCGCUAUGGUUCCUCGACUGUGUGGCCGACGACAGAGCCAAGUUGUACCUGAAGAUAUUGAGAGAAGAUGUGCCCAUGCCGCUCUAGGCUACGCCAGGCUACAGGGUUGGUUGGUAUUAGAUCAUCUGGCUCAAUCAUCAGAUGUGACGAGAAUAUCCCCAAUUGUUGGUUUCACUGCCUUCACUGCGGCGGUGAUUCUUGCCCUAUUAACCCAAUCGCAAGAUCUGAGAGGGGUAUUAGAAACGCAUAACAACAUGUCAAACGAUGAUGUAGCUUUGAUACAAGCGCUGAUAGGGCUGGUCAGUCGGCUAUCCCAGUACUGGAAAGCCUUGCAACGAUUGUCAACCAAGCUUCACAUCCUGGUGGCACACCGAUUUCCAGCCGAGCCCGGUGGUACCGAACUUGACACUGACCCGAUAUCAAAUCCAAGUGGACAAAUCAGAGGCCCGCCAUCUGUAGAAACAGAGCACUCGGCCCUGUCUAGUGGAUAUGUCUACACAUCUGAAUCUGAGACCGAAAAUGGUUCUGUAACGCAGCUACGGAGGGCUAGCAGGACCAAUGAUCAGUCCGACGCAUCGGUCAGGCGUAAUUACACAAAUACCAGCGAGGAACCGGGUCCGUCUUUCAAUUCAGGGCUUCUUGACGAUGCCUGGCAGCCGACGAGCAGCCUCGACGCCUGGGAAGGCUUCACAAAUUUUGCCACUGGCGACGCUGACGCUGGGGCCCUGGAUACAUUAACGGCACUUUUCCCCUCAGAAUGGCCGCUAUAUUAG